UCGAGAGACAGACACCGGGACUCUCAAUCACGCUGGGACCAUUCUGCUGUUUGUUUUUGCCAUUUUCUGCAAAGAAAGAAAAAAACACUGGAGCACUGUUGAGAUCAUGAAGGAAAGGAGAAAUACACAGCCGCUGGUGGUGAGAUGUAAACUGGUUCUUGUGGGAGACGUUCAAUGCGGAAAAACGGCGAUGUUGCAAGUCCUGGCGAAAGACUGUUAUCCAGAGACAUACGUGCCCACGGUAUUUGAAAACUACACAGCCUGUCUGGAACUGGAAGAGCAGCGAGUGGAGCUCAGUCUGUGGGACACUUCAGGUUCUCCGUACUAUGAUAAUGUGAGGCCCCUGUGCUACAGUGACUCAGAUGCAGUUCUGCUUUGUUUUGACAUCAGCCGCCCAGAUACUGUGGACAGCAGUCUGAAGAAGUGGAAAACUGAAAUUCUGGACUUCUGUCCAAGCACACGUAUCCUGCUGAUCGGCUGUAAGACUGACCUUCGCACAGACGUCUGCACGCUGAUGGAGCUGUCCAAUCAGAAGCAGACUCCAAUCACCUAUGAGCAGGGUUCUGCUAUGGCUAAGCAGCUGGGUGCCGAGGCUUAUCUAGAGUGCUCGGCAUUCACCUCGGAGAAAAGCAUCCACAGCGUAUUCCGCACCGCUGCGAUGGCCUGCAUCAACAAGCUGCAGCCUCUCCCGAAGCCCAGCCCCACCCGACGCCUCUCCAAAAGACUUCUCCACCUGCCCAGCAAGUCAGAUUUGCUCUCCACCACCUUCAAGAAGGAGAAGGCCAAGAGCUGCUCGGUAAUGUGAGUGGAGAUCUCUUGGGUUACGGUCCUCACAUUAAACCCCGAUCCCCUGCCUCUUUGGUCUCGGGGAAGGGGGGGUGAGCACGAUGGUUUUAUCAGGGUUACCUGCUGAAUCCUUCCCCCACCCCCCCAAGAAACCAAACACCACUCAGAAGAGGUGGACACCUCGCUGUCCACUUGCUCCUGAACCUUUCAGUGCACAUCCAUCUUUUGCCAUUGUUUAUUUUGCUUUUGAACAAACAAUAUCAGUCAAGGUUUGAUCACCGAGCUACCUUUUUUUUUUUUCCCCACCUGUGAACAGUAUGCAACUACAAUGAUGUAACAUCUGUCUAAUUUUACUAUCUAUAGGCACAUGUUGAUUUUGUCCGAAAUGGAAAUGUGCAACGUGUGACGUUUAAUCUUGUGAUGUAAAUGCCUCUCGGACAACUCAAUGGAUAUUUUUCUAAAUACAAAAAUAAAUCUAGCAUGAAACCAUCAGGAAAUAGCAAAAUCCUGUACAUCCUUCCUAGUAAGGUGUGUGAGGUGUGAAACAGCGUGUCACUGGUUUCCCCAUUUACUGAAAGUACAUAGAAUAGAUGUACAGGGAGCAAUGGCACAAACCAUGAGAGCUAUUACAUAGAGAGCUGUUCUUAUUGUCUCAGCGGUGAUGACAGCAGGGAUAAGAGCUGUGAGCACAGGCUUCUGUGCUUACAGCAGUCCUGACUACAUCAGCCUGCAUGGAUUUUUGAUGCAUGGCUGUGUAGCUCUGGACAGUGUUGCUCUGUAAGCUUUCAGUGGAAUAAGUAGAAGAUGAUGAAGAGGCUCAGUGUACACAAAAUGACUACAGAAAAAUGGCUGCAGAAAUGCAGAAAGGACACAAAAUAUAAAGGGAAAUUUAGCUGGACUUUCAGAGUGUCUUUUAUCACUGCUGGAGUCUUAUUUCUGGUAAUGGGAUUGACACAUUUUAAUUGGUCUUGUUGUGACCAGGAGCAUAAACACAGUUAGUUCAAUGAUGAGCUUCUGUGUAUUAUUUAUGAAGCCGCGGCUGGUUACUGAUACCAGUCAAAGUGUCAGGAGGCAUAUUUAAAAACAUAAGAUUACUCCUACCUAGAAGUCAGGCUGACCAGUAAUGGUUUGUAUUUUCAAACACUCUUCAGAUCUAAAGAUUUGUAGCAUUGCGUUGUUGACAGUUUUUCAACAAUUCUCAAAUGGUAUGCAGUUUUGAAAAAUGCCUUUCAUAUUGAGUUCCCAGAAGUCAGUGAGAUUUUUGAAUACUGUAAUUACUGUAAUAUGCCUGUGGAUUUCUCACAUUUCCAUCAAUGCAAUGUAGCAGCCUCAACCUGAUUCAAUUCUUCCAAGAUGACUAAUUUUUGUUUGCACACACUUGUUAAUCUGUUGACAUCCAAUAAGCAGCACUUACUGUAGGUUACAUUGCAAAAAAAAAAAAAUCAGAUGCUUUUCUGAGCUUAAAUCGUAGGCUUCAUGGUUAUGUGUGUGUGCAGCAUCGAUCUCUAUGCUUCUAACCAUAAAGCAAUAAUGAUUUAAGUGCUUUGUGAUGCAAAGUAACCGGCGUGGCAAUAAAAACGCAGCUUUGUGAUUACUGUCAUGCUAUAAGUGCUCCAUGGGUCGACGUGUUAUAGAUUGAAACAAUCUCUGCUGUACAAAAAGGCUGCUGAUAUGGCCCCACCUUCCCUCUGUGUAAGUAGUGACUGGUAUAUAGAAAACCAAGGACAGCGUUGUGAUAUGAACUAGAUCAGAGUACGGCCAAAAAAAA